AUGGAGCUCAAUCAUCGUCUGCUGCUCCUGCUACUACUACUACUUUCUACUAUUGCAGGCUCCGGUCAGCCAGCUCCACCAGCACCAGAUACUUCUAGCAUCUUGAAGGCAUUGGCAGAUAUGGCAAAAACAGUACAGCAACACCCCCAGCAACCUCAGGCGUGCCACGCAACUAGUCCCCAUAGUAUAUUUAAUCCGCAAAACCCAGUUCCGCAAGCCAUGCCCGCGUCUGUAGACCCGGCUGCGCAACAGCCCAACGGGCAGGCUGUAAACCCCUUUGCUACCGCUGCUGCUGCGGGAAAUCUUGCAAAUCAAUUUGCGGGGUUGAGUAAUAUGGCUCAGAAUCCAUCUAUUUUCCCAAACCAGGGCCAGGCUUCUGCUGCUGCUUCAAAUCCUCUCGCAGCAGUAGCCGCCGCUGCACAACAGAACCCACUUGCCGCCUUGAUGCCACAGGCAGGCGCUUUGCCUCCAGAGACAUUACAACAAUUAAGCCUGCUCCAGCUCAUGGCUGCGCAGGGUAUUCCUCAAGACCAGUGGGCCACAGCGCUGCAAAUCCUAAGCCUUUCCAAUACUUCAAGUAGCGGCAUGGUCAAUAUGAACCCCGCCACAGCGUCGCCUGGGUGGGAUAGACGUCGCGAAGUUUCCCCCCCCCGUCGUCGCGACAGCCCUGUCUAUGGAGAAUACCAUGGAGACUCCCCUGGCAGGAACCGAGACACUCGAGAUUCCCGUGGACGACGGCCUGGUGAAUAUCGCCAGCGCAGUCCUCCUGGAAGACGUCGUAGAAGUCCGACACCUCCUCGUAAAGAAGCUACGCUUCCUCCUCCCGGACCCAAGUUCUUGGAGUGGGAUUAUUCAAUUGGUCAGGGGAACAUCAAAGUCCUCAGCAGAACCCUAUUCGUCGGCGGUGUGACUUCGUCAGAAUCUCAUUUAAGAUCGCUUUUCGGCCGUUACGGCGUGGUCCAAACAUGUAUUGUAAAUAUUGACAAACGCCAUGCAUUCGUGAAGAUGAUCAACAGACAUGAUGCCGUCACUGCUCGCGAGGGUAUGGAGCAAUACAAGUCUGGAGACAUGCAAUUACGAACACGAUGGGGUGUCGGUUUCGGCCCUCGAGACUGCAGCGAUUACCAAACCGGCAUCAGCGUAAUCCCCAUCGACCGGCUCACGGACGCAGACCGCAAGUGGAUGCUCAACGCCGAGUACGGCGGAACCGGUGGAAAACCAAUUGAGAGUUUUAUGGUGGUGGAGGAACCUGACAUUGAGAUUGGGGCCGGCGUGUCUUCGAAAGCGAUAAGCCGACGCAUGGCCACCGACCAAGGUGGGAAGCGUGGUCCCCAAUCUACUCGAACGGCACCGGAACCAGAACGCUUCCGGCGGCAAAACCGCGGUGCAAUGGACGAUGGCCACGGGCCUGGUCCUGCACAUGGCCCCGCACACGGCCACGGCUACGGUCACGGACAAAUGUCAUCGUCAUCAGCAGUACCAGGCAGCAAUGGCAACGGUGAACGCAACGGUAGCAACAUGGGCGAUCGAAACGACCGCGACGGCUCUGCAAGCGCCAAUAACGCCAACGCAAUCGGCGUCCCGCCCGCGGUGCCGGGCUUCGGGUUCUCGUUUCAGGGGAUGCCUAUGUUCCCACCUGGAUUUAUGAUGGGUGGUGCUGGCGCCGGCACAGGUACGGGCAGCAGCGCACAGGGUCAACAGGGACAGCAAGGACAAGCUACUGAGUCAUCAUUUACGCCGUCGGGGCCAGGACAGGGACAAGGAUAG